GGAGCUGAGGUCACUUCCGCCGAAGGCUGUCGGAGUCGGCGGCGGCGGCGGGGAGCAGCGGGGUCGCGGGAAGAGGUGCUGCCGCACAGCGGUGCUUCAAGCUGACAGAAUUGAGCAAAGAAGUGAAAAUACAGAAUCUUUUGAAUGCAGAACUUACAGCAGCAUUUCUUCAUAAAGAUAAAAUUAAUGCUCUUCAGAGAAGUUGCUUAAAUAAUAGCUAAUAAACAUUUGAAAUACUACCACCAAGAAAAUAAUUUUAUCUCCUGUUGCUAUGUUUGACUUAUGUGGCAACAGGCCACUUCUUCUGAAAUGCAGCUGAAGAAAAUGAGGGAAAUUUUGCCAAAAUUAUAUGCCAGCCCUGUUAAUGACAAAAGUAAUUCCUUGACUACAUCCCCGAAGAAAGUUACCGAGGAUAAAACAAAUCUUCCAAAAAGGAAUGAAGGCCAAAAUUGCUACCAAGGGACUGAAGCAGAAGAUAAACUGACAUUGGUAGGUUGUAUAAAAUGCAGAAGUGUGCAAAAAUUUUCAGUGCAUGGAUUGCAAAAGUGUGAUAAGCUUAAGAGGACUGAAGACAGAAAUUUUAUCUGUAACAAGUGCAGUCCACCAACUUUCAAUUUGGUAUCUGAUAAUGUCAGUGCCACAGACUUAAAAAAGCAAGGUAAACCAUCUUCAAGUAAAAUCCAAAAAACGUUUAAAGUAAAAAACUUUCAGCCAGGUAAAUAUUACUGUGAUAAAUGUCGAUUUUCAACAAAGGAUCCUUUGCAGUAUAAAAAGCACGUAGCUCAACAUGAGGAGAUUAAGUUUCUUUGUUCCCACUGUAAUUAUGUAUCCUACACUAAAGGAGAAUUCCAGCGGCACCUGGUAAAACACACUGGAAUUUUUCCAUAUCAAUGUGAAUACUGUGAAUAUGGUGCCAUUCGCCAUGAUUAUAUAGUAAAACAUACCAGAAGAGUACAUGAAAAGAUCACGAGGAGUCGACGAACAAAUAUGGCUGUAAAGCGUGAGCAAAAGAGGUCUUGCUUGCCAAAGCAAGGCACUUUACCUAUAAAGCAGAGAUGUGAUAAAAAAGUACUUCUUCCAAAUGAGUUUUCAAAUUUGUCAUCAAGUGCAGCUUGUGGUAAGAUUCGCACAGAAUUGGCCAAAACAGUUAGUUUGUCUGAUGAUAUAAAAUGUAACAUAGAUACAGCAUCAGUCCAAGAUAAAAGCUUAUUGGGGCCAGCUGAAGUGAACAUAUAUGAGAAUCCGAAUGUGGAAGUUGAAGUUUAUUCUCCAAAAAAGAAGCCUGUACAACCUGGAAUGCCAUUAACAGUAAUUGCACCUUCAGAACUGGUUGUUCCUUCAAAUUGUUUAGCUCAGUUACUAGAGAUGAAAAUAGUGAAUGGCACGCAGCAGUUGGUUCUUAAACUUAUCCCUCUGGAAGAAACAACUAAUAAAUCUAUGAACUGUGAUGAAGAGGAACUUGGGAACCAAGAUCUAGAACAAAUAUACAAAGGAAAUAAAAAUAUGUCAGUGGCUGAAAACAAAUUAUUGACUACAGAAGCAAAUGAAGACAGAUUAGAUCAUGUUGCUAAUCUGCUUGCUUCAGAUAAAUGCAACAAGAAUUCUGAAUGUCUUAAUCUGUCUAGUUCGCAUGUUUUAGAUUGCAACUCAAAUAUGCGUAGGGAAGGCAAAUUAAGGUUAACUUGUGAUAUGGUGAAAGAUUUGAGGAAAGGUGCUGAAUUUAAAACGGGUAUCCCAAAACUUUCUAUUCAAUCCCUGGUAACUAAUCAUAGUGAAAGCAGCUGCCCCAGAUCUUCAAAUAAGUUAACUGAUGAAAAAUGUGUUUUAAGUCAUGAUUUGCACUGUUAUGAGAGCCUGAAUACAUCUAUAGGUCUACAUGCUGCUGCUUCUGAAGAUAAAACAACCCAGAAUGUUUUGUUACAGGCUUCUCAGGAGAAGAAAAAUUCCUCAUGCCUUGUCCUUGGAGAAAAGAACAUGUUGCCUUUAAAUAGCAAUGAUAAAAAAUGUAGGACUCAGUUCUCCAGCUCUCCAGAAAUAUGUCUGUUCAAUGACAACAAUUUUGUUAAAGAGCCUCUUACAUCUUCUGAAGCAGGGAAAAAAUCACCCAUGGGUAAAACUGUAUCAUUGGAGGAUUUAAAUGUUGGCUUAAGUAGUGUAAAAAGAGUCGAUUCUAAAGGUCAAAUGAACAAUCUCCUUUUGGAAUCUUUAGAAUUACAGAAAGUUGAAAAUGAAGAUAGCUGUUUAGAGGGUCCUGUUAUUUCAUCUGUAUUUUCACUUAGCUCUGGUGCUGAAAACAUCCCAGAGGGCAUCAGAUGGGACAGGAAUUCACGGAAUAAGAAGUCAACAGCUUUGUUAUGUAGAAAGAUUGCUCAGUUGAUGUCUGCUGCUGAAUCCCAUGUGAAAUCUACGUUGGCUGCUUCACCUAGGCCUGUAAGAUGUCAUGCUUCCAAUGACAAGAUGCCUUUGCCUCAGGAAACUUCAGCAAACUGUGAAAAAAAUGUCCUCACUACUGAAUUGGAACAAUCUUCAUCUUCACUUCAAGCAUUAUCGAAGGGUGUGAUUAAUAAUGAAGAGUGUAAUAUAGAACAGCCACUGACAACUACAAAAACCCCUAAAAGUAGGGUUACUAAAAACUCACAUGUUGCUACCCCAGUGUUUAUUCCAAAAGGGACAGUUCUUAGAGUGCUGAAUACCACCAGCAGCAAGAGCCCUAAAGAAGUAGAAAAUAAAGAUAAAACAUCACCUCCUUCUAUAUACUGCAAAGAAAUGUUCUUACCAAGGCCGGUUCCUUUCAGCAUUUCAGAGAAACUAAGCAGAAAUCCACCUACUUUGGCAAAAGAGAAUGAACUUAAAGAACAGUCCAGAAAUAUAACACUUAGAUCAAAAAGAGAGGUGCAGACAAAAACUAGUAGCAAACAAAAUUGUAUGUUGUUGUAUCAAAAGAAUAAUAACCUAAUCAAGCAGAGCAAACCUAAUUCAAAGAGUCAACUUGCACCAAAAAAUAAGGUAAAACAAGCAGGUUCCAGGGAUUAUAUUUCUAAGAAGAAAACAAGAAUCCCAUCAGAAACCAGUUACAGUUCUGAGAUGACACCUCUUUUGACAGCAAGACGUCUUAGGCUUGUACCUCUUAGAGUGGAUCAGUUGAUAAAAUGUCCUCGUCGUAACCAGCCUGUAGUUGUGUUAAACCAUCCUGAUGUUGAUUCACUAGAGGUAAUUAAUGUAAUGAAGACCAUCAACAAGUAUAAAGGCCAUGUUCUGAAAGUAGUUUUGUCAGAAAGAACAAGUAGUUGCCUUGGAGUGAAACGACAUCAUAGGCGGCUUACACUUCAGGGUGUUGAAACGUUAAGCCAAGUGAAAAAGCCUAACAUGUUAAAAAUGAAGCUAAAGAAGACCCAUAAAAACAACUACCAAGUAGUGGAAACUUCACCAGCUGAAACACUGAAGUGUAUGUUUAAGUGUUGGUUUUGUGGAAGAAUAUAUGUCGACCAGGAAGAAUGGAUAAGUCAUGGACAGAGGCACUUAAUAGAAGCUACUAAAGGUUGGGAUGUUCUUUCUCUUCCACUAAAAAGCCACAAGUGAGAAACUGGCUAUUAUUUCUCUUAGUUUAACAUGAGUGCCAUUAAUUUGUUAGGAAAAAAAUGCAGAAUGAAAUUAUUUAUUUUAGCAAAAGCUUUUUAUUUUUGGCCAGAUGGGGAAUGAGAAUAGAGAUUAUAAACAGCAUGCGAAAGUAUUCAGCACUACAGAACAUUCUUUUGCUUCAAGAGGCCCUCUUCUAGCUUUUUGAGAGCAUUUCCUUUAAAAUGAUAUACUACGCAAGCAUCUUUCCAGUGACCAUUUGCUGCACUAUAAUGCUAGAUUUGCGUUAGGUCACUGUGGGUUAAAAUCUUAAAUUAUGUGACAUAUAUCAAAUUGAUUUAAUCAGUCAGUAACAGGAGGUCUUCUCAGUGCUGAUCUCUGUUACCCGCCCACCUGUUCCUGGGCCAACUGCCUGUGUUUUCGCCUGCCAUGCCUUGAUGUUAAUUGAUUAAUAGGGAUGCUAAUUCGGCGGGAGGCUGCCCAUUCUCUGCCCCGAUGCCGGGGGUGCUAUCUGUGGCUCCUUUUCCUUCCCUGCACCACAGCCCAAGCCUCGCACAUGGUAUCUAGGUGUUCUUAUCAUCACCGGCCCCACACUGGGCCCCAGAAUUCUUCUAUCAGGACCCUUCCAAGAUCCCUCGAUUCAGGCAGCUACCCUGUUUUCAUUCGGCUAUCUAGCUCCCUGAAACCAUUUUCCCCUCUCAGAUGUGGUCCCCCCGGGACCUUUGGCUACCAGCCCUGGCCCACCUCCAGGCCAGUUGGGACCCCAGGCCCUCAGCUCUUGGGCAUCCCUCGUGGUGGGCCCCUGGCCCUUCUGACCAUCCUGGUCCUGGCCCCAGCAUGGGCCAGUUGGGGUACUCUCUUGAUCAGGUCUGAGUCUCUAGCCCCUCACUCUCUCCAGGGGUCUGCCCUCUGGGUUCUACAAACAAAGGGGUUACCGACCCGGUGGUGGGGGCUAGGGGUUAAGGUGCCCCGACCAGCUUUUCACCGGGGUGGUAACUGGCCUGGCAUUUCCUGGGGGCUCCCGCGCCACUGGGAGCCCCACCAGGCCACCCACUCCCAGCAGGGUACAGUUUUAGGUCAUGCCCAAGACCGGGAGCCUCCUAUCCAUCCCCUACAGCUCCUCCCUUAUCUCCAGAUGUAGCUCUGCAGCCCUCCAGCCUGGCAGUGUUGUUGCCCUGGCUUCUAGCAGCCGAACUGCCUUGUUUAUAUGGGCAGCCCUGAAUCUAAAAUGGCUGCCCUCAUUAGGCACCUGGCAGCUGCCUGCUCCAGGCCCUUAAGUGGCAGGCACCAACAGUGCCCUGCCUCACAGUCCAAUUUUAUUAUUAGAGUUUAUUGGUUCAGAAUUUUGGCCUCUCGUGAAAAGCACUUUGACCCUCCGUGAACAAAAAGUAUGUCAGUUUGGUGACACAUACAAGAUGCCAUGUAGCAAAAAAAAAAAAAAAAUAGGAAUUUUGUGAAUCAGAACUACAUUAACUAAAUAGAAUGACAAUGAUAAAGCUAAUUUUUGUAGUACAGCAGAAGGUCAUUGAGAACUUAUUUAUACCACCUUUUUAUUCUGUACAAACAGGGCAGUUUAGAUUCCAUGCUGGCUUAGAACUGUAUUUGAUGCCCCUCCCUGCCAAGUCCUGGACUGCUAAUGAGAAAUGAGCCCCACCCAGGUACUCAUGCUUCCCACACACACAAACCUGUCAAUUAUACAACAUAGGUGGUUUAUAGGUUCUGAGUGAAAUGCUGUGGAUCCCUUUAAACCCUCCCUGUUGCCUAAUUCUUGGGCAUAGAAGAGAUGUGUGAGUAGCAGGAAUGAAUCGGGGCUUGGCAGGGCAGUGGUGUAAACAUGGCCACUCUGAAACUAAUGGGUUGUAUCCAGAUGUAAUGAGAGAGGACCUGAUCUUGCAAGCACUAAAGGGCACACCAUUCUUUGUUAUUCAUAGUCCCUUAGUUUGCAAGAUUCCAUGUUCUGACAGAGUAUCAGCCGGCUAGCUAGUGCACAUGUAGGAAACAAACUGAUCUUUUGAAAAAGAAAUCAUAUUAACCAUCUCUGCAUUGGUAGCUUCUGUCUGGAUUUGCAGUAGACUUUUUUUAUUAUUUAAUUCCUAUUUUUUUUUUUUUUUUUUUUUGGAUUUGCAUGUCAUUGGAAUCUAUUUAUGUAAGCCUCAUGUCAGAAGUUAUUUGAGCAUAUACAUAAUCAGGCAUGUACAUAGUCCCUUUGACUUCAGUGUGUUAUUUAAGUUAAUAAGCACACAAGUUAUCCCAACUACCUUGCUGAAUCAGGGACAUAGAUUGAGAUUAGAGUAGGGAAUGAGGAAGGAUGGGUACUGAAGUUUAAUAAUUGGAUCUUUGUGUACAGAAUUUUCUUUGUUAUUUUAUAGCAAAACAGAAGCUGGCCUUUUAAAAUUUCAUUUGGAAGAGGUGAUGUUGAAGUAAGCACAUACUUGCAAUCAAAAUUGGUUCUUACAUUUUUACAGGUAAAAAAAUCAGUACUGAUUUUUAUGCUGGAUAUAUAUGAUACAUUUGAACUUGGACUGCUACCUGAAAAUGCCUGUAGUUCUUAAUUGUUUUUCACUGUUAUCACAUUUUGUAAAGAAUUUAACUAGGCUGGAAAUAUUUUUGUUCUGUUUUUAUACUCCAAGACAGUAAACAUUUGUUUUGAUAAGGUAUGUACUUUAUCUAUUGAAAUGUAAAUAUCUUGAAGCUAAAAGCACAUCUUGUUACUUAAAUUUAAUUUACAAGAACAUGUACAACAUUUUUUCAUUAAACCAUUUUGCAAUACAGUAUUAAUAUUCUUUAGACACUUGGUGCUUUCAGAAAUCAGAUGUGUAUACAACAUAAAAUAACAUUGCAGCUUUUGUUCUGUAGGCUAAAAUGUCCACUGAACAAAUUUUUGUCUGGCUGUUUAGUUGGUAAUAGCUAAAUGUCAAUUUUCAUUUUGUAUUAAAUUGAAUUAUUUUUUUAGCUGGUUACACUAAAGGUUUUUCUUUUCACUUUAUGUACUUUGAGGCCAAACUUAAGAACAUAAUUUGCAUUUUAAAUGAUGAAAGUGGUUUUCCAUUUCUAAAUCCUUGCAUAUUACAUUGUAGUACAUAUUGAAAAUGUUAACAUAUGAAGAAAACUGUUUAUGGCUGAAUUUGAUCCAUGCAUUAGACUUAUUCCAUCCAGGCUGUUGACUGAACCUACUUUAGUUUCUGUAGAAGGUGCUAAGGUAACAGUUAUGAAUUUUCACUUGAAGACAGUGGAUAUCAACUUGUCUGGUAGGCAUGCCACAAAUUAGCCCUGCCCCCUUCCUGAAUGCCACUCUGAUCUUUUUCCCUUAUCCAAUCUGCUGCUCAGGUUUCUGCUUCCUGCCCUGUGUUCCCUGUCCCAUCUACCAUUGUGCUGCCUGUCCCCAACCAAUCUGCCAUGUGCCACAGACAGAGUUUGCCUGUGCCAUUUGUGGCACACAGGUUGGACAUCUGGUUUAAAAGAUGUUGCAGGCAAAAUUUGAACUUAUUUGAUGAACCCUAUGUUGUAAAAACCUGUGUUGGUGCUUAGCAUCAUAAGUUUAUUUUAGAUGGUUUAAGUACUGUAGUAAUGUUAUGUCUUUCUGUAUAAUUUACUAAACAAAUGCAAAGGCUUUGUAUACCAGUGACCUAGAAGAGUUAGAGUUGUUAAACUACAUGUAACUGUAUUCUCUUUGCAUUUAAUUAAAAAUAUAAAUGCUUUUAUUUUAACAUGAAAACUGUUAGUAAAUUUAAUUGUAUGAUGCUUAUAGAUAUCUGAAAGCAGAUUCUGUCUUGCCUUUUUUUUUUCUUUUGUUGAGGACAUCCAAACUCUGUCCAGAUGAUUCCUUUUUAAUUUUGCUUUGUUUUUGGGUUAUUUUUUGAUUCAGGAAGUUUCUCAUCUCAAACACUUAAUUCAGGACUGUGAUCCAAUUUUUUUCCUGCAGUUAGUUUCGGAGAACAAAAAGAGGCUGUUGGGGGAGGUGGGGUAGCAUGUCUACGCAUGCAUUGACAUGCUUUUUUGGAUUCAGGCUGAAUCUGAAUCGAAUACAGCCCGUUUCACACACCUCUAAUGUAUACUGUACCAAUAGUGAAUGGUUAAACAAUAAGUAUUCAGAUAGAUGAAAUGUUGCUUUGUUCCAUUGCAUGCUAUUAGUUUGUGUUCCUAAUGUGAUCUCUCAUAUGACUUUUCUGGUAACUAAUGUGGGUUUUUUCAUGCCAAGAGGAACUAUAAAAGAUUAAUCAGCGUGCUGCUAAGUUGUUAACAAGAAAGAAUAUAUCUUGUUUAGACAUUAGCCUCUUUUAAUAACUUUUCAUGCAGUUACUGUACAAUGGCAUUUAUUGGCACAUGCAAUAAUGCUCCAAACUUUAGUACACAACAUUGUUCAUAGUAAUCAGCAAAUUCCAAGCAGAUCUAUGGUUUUAUAUUUGAGAAGUCUCAUGUAACAGAAGACAGCUGUCUUCCUAAGGUUUAGAUCCCCUGUAUUUAUUUUGAACUCAAGGCCUAAUCUCCAAACUUUUAUACAGUUUAUAAAUAAUGAAGUGUUGUUAUUUUUAAAUUUAUGGAAACAAAUUGAAAAUGUUAAGGUAAGAAGCAUCUUCUGUCCAACUUGAAAGAUUGUGUAAGGUAACAUUGUUCUUUCUGGGUUCCUGAUUGAUCCUUUCCAUCAAUAAGUGUGAUGGGGAUGCAUUUGUAGAAGUCAAUGAUUUCCUGUACAGAGUCAAAUUUCUGAAAAACAUGGAAAAAUAUCACAAUAAAUGCAGAGAUAUUUAAAGUCCUUUUCUCUUUUAACAUGGACUAAAAA